GUCCAGAUUGCUAGUCAAAUCUUCUUAUCUGAAAGGUUCCACCUUUGCACGUCACGCCUAUCAUAACAGAAAGAUCCUGCUAGUCUCGGUCUUCUCGGUGUUCUCGGCCGUCAGCGUAGAUCGAUGAGCCUCAUCCGCCCCUCCCUUUCUUAUCGUCAAAAGUAGGUGGUUCUAGAUUUCAUACGUUAUCCUCGGCACUCGCAUAACAGUCCUGUCGAGGCCACCGACUCCAGGGCAGCGGAUCGCAACGCGGAUAUCAGCCGGAUCAGAGCUGUUGUUAUUGUCUAGCCCACGGGCUAUGGGGAAGAACCAAUACGUUGCUGAGUAAGGGGUCGGUAUGUGUUGGGACUAUUGGGGUGUGAGGUACGUUUUCAUAACAGGACGCCCAGUUCAUGCGACGACAUGCGGUAAAGCAUCACAGCAGCUGUAGUAAUGGGAAAAUCAAUCGUUAUCAUUGGGGGAGGUGCAUUUGGCAUCUCAACGGCCUGGCACCUGUCUCAAAGCCUGGGAGAAGGACGAAAGUACAGCUCGAUAUGUGUGCUUGAUCGAUUUCCGCCUCCAUCGCAGGCAGCUGCGGCGAGCGACAUCAACAAGAUGAUCCGCACACAAUACUCAGAUCCGGUGUAUGUCGAUUUAGCGAUGAGCGCUAUGAAGGCAUGGACAGACCCAACUUCGAUAUUCAACAAGCAUUUCCAUCAAUCAGGCUGGUUGCUAUGUGCCAGUGGGAGCAGUGUCCCGUUCAUCGAGGAGAGUGCGCAUAAUGCCCUAAGAAAGGGUGUACGUGAUGUUCGUUUCAUAAAAACAGCAGAAGUGAGAUCGAUAUGGCCUGUCUUUACUGGCUCAAUGAAGGACUGGAAGAUUUUGUCUGAUCCAGCAGCAGGUUGGGCAGCAUCAAACAACAUUCUACUCGAGAUGGCAGAAGAGAGUGCUGCUCGUGGAGUCUCAUUCAUCUCAGGAAAUGCAGGGCACGUACAAAGCCUUCUUCUCAAUGAGUCUUGUACUGGGGUGCGCACUGUUGAUGGCACAAUUUACCAUGCAGAUCAUGUCGUCCUAGCCGCUGGCGCGAAUACGGCGUCUUUGAUUGAUAUGGAAGGACAACAUUGUGCUCUGGGUCACACUGUUUGCUUUAUCAAGCUUCGACCCGAAGAGGUCGAGCGGUAUCAGCAGAUGACACUAAUCGCCAACAUAGAAGAAGGAUGUAUCUUUCCGCCCGAUGAAACGAACACCAUCAAGAUCGCCUCUGUACACUUUGUCUCGAACUACAACAAUUCAACAGUACCAGGCGUUUCACUACCCAGGUACCGCGAGGACAACCCUCGCGACGACGUCCCCGACGAAAUCCAAAGACGUCUACGAGGCUGGGUUCGUGAGGUCAUGCCAGAAUUGGCCGAGCGGCCUUGGUCCGAAACACGAAUAUGCUGGGACACCGAAACUGCAAACGAAGAUUUCGUUAUUUGCAGACAUCCUCGACAGAAAGGCCUCAUAAUCACCACAGGUGGCUCCGGCCAUGCUUUCAAGUUCCUACCCACUCUCGGAACAUUCGUUUCGCAGGUGCUUGAAGGGACUUUGCCCAGAGUACUGGAAGAAAAAUGGCAAUGGGGAUCGUCGACAUCGGUAACCAAUAAACACAAAGCCAAACCUAUGUUCGCAGCACCGAUCCAGGAGCUGAGCGAUCUUCCUGGGUGGCAAUCAUGCUCCGCCAAACUGUAGUCGCAGAUCUGGAAGAGUCUGGAAACAACAUAACAUAAUUCCUCAAUACGAUAUCAAGCUCGACGCUAAUGAGCUAGUAAG